AUGACUGGCUGGUGUCAAGAACGCCCAAACACCAACAACAGCAAUCCACUCAAUCCGCACAAACCUGCGAAGUCAAAGAAUAAGAAGAAGAAGAAGAAGAAGAAGAAGAAGAAGAAGAAGAAGAAGAAGAAGAAGAAGAAGAAGAAGAAGACGCCAAAGAAACCAAGAAACCAAGAAAGAAAAGAAAGAAAGAAAGAAAAAAAAAUGCCCCUCACACCCCCCUACACGCUCCUCCCCUGCGCACGCACCGACGCCGACCUCGACGCCUGCGCCGCCGUCGCCACGCCCGCCUUCCACCGCGACCCCCUCCGCACCGCCACUUUCCCCGAGCAUCUCGUCGACCCGCUGCGCCCGGACGAGGAGCUCGAGUUCCGCCGCCGCCGCAUACGCAAGCGCUUCGCCGGCGGCAGCGGCGUCGUGUAUAAGAUCGUGGAUACCGACGCGGAUGUCGACGGCGGCGGUAGGGUUGUGGCGUGGGCGUCGUGGAUGCCGCCUGUCAAGGCGUCGUCGCUGUCGGCGGGGAAGGAGGAGGAGGAGGAGGUUGAGCCGCGGCCGAAGUGUGCGGUGCCGGAGGUUUUUGACGAGUCGUCCAGGGUGAUGAAGGAGGCGAAGCGGAAGAUUUGGGGGAAUGAUAGGAAUUUUUGGGACCUCUCCGGGUUGUGCUGCCAUCCCGACUACCAAGGCAGGGGCCUGGGUGCCGCUUUGGUGAGAUGGGGAAUGGAACAGGCUGAAAAGGACGGUGUUCCAGUGUACGUGGAAGCCACUCCGAUGGGGAGGUUUCUGUAUACCAAGUUGGGGUUUGAGGUCCUUGCUGAAUACGACCUGUCGAGGUUGAUUCCGGACGGAGAGCAGUUCAUAUUCACCUGCAUGCUCUGGAGACCAAGUAAUAAGGCGGUAACCUGA